GGGCAUUGUAAUAUGGAUACAGUCUGUGGAUCAUUCUCUGGAUUACAAGGAACCCAAGUUUAAGUGUCUUUAGCAUUUUUACACGACGAAGCUAAAAUGGCAACUCAAAGCUUUUUAUUUCUGAUUUGUUUGAUGGUGUGUGGAGGAAAUAUUCAGAGUGCAUCUGAAAUUUGCACAGGAACGCAUUGCCAAAGGUCUGCAUCCAGAACACCAGAUAGCCAAAGCAGAUUAUCUCAUCACCAGAGCAGAUAUUCGGUUUAUUCGCCAAGACGACCAGCAGUGCCUUACACAAUAAUCCAUCCACAGCAGAGCAAGACUGGCAGACCAAAGGAAAACCCAAGAAAUAUCACAGCUGAGGUGUUCAGCCCACAUGGAUGCACUGGAGGAAGCUGUCAAAGGUUGCCAAGACCAACAAAUAAUGGUACAAAUGAAUGCAGAAGUAUUGAGUGUAAACUGCCUGUACAUAUGCGACAAGAGCACAGACAGCAUUCCUGCAUUGGAGAAGCCUGCGCGACAGGGUCAAAUGUUGGAAGAAGCAAACUGUCUUUUGUCCAUAUGCAGGACAGAGCUGAGCAAGCAUUGGGGGAAUUUCCGGAGUUAGGACUUCGAGGGGGACCAUCCACUGGAAUUCAAUUGACAUGUGACAUCAAACAAGGGACUAACGAGGUCCAUUCGGAAGACGCAUUGGUGUUGCAUCUACAUUUGGAAAAAGGUCAGGAGAAACUGGUGGAACAGCUUCAGAGACAGCACACUGAGAUCAAGCAGCUUCAGAGCACACUGAGUGAACAGCAAGGUGCUUUGUUAACCCACCAGAAUGAAAUACUGGAACAGCAACGGAGAAUGUUUGACCAGAUGGAGCAGGUCAAGACCCAGUACAACCAUCUUCUGGACAGCGUCAAGCACUUAUCUGUCCAAGGCCCACACAGAGUCAUUGAGAGACAUUUGCAGAGUUUCCAAUCCCAGGCGAGGACCUAUACUCAGGAGGCUUUCGACAUGCACAAGAUGAACAUGGAUGCUAGUGUGAUGGAUGCUGACAGACCUCUGCUUGUCUGUGGAUCCUGUCGAGCAGAUGAGUACUGCGAAUACAGAGCAAAUCAGCCACACUGUGAGAAAUGCACCGUUUGCCCUCCAGGAUUCUUUCUGGUGGCUCAAUGUUCGAUUCAUGCGGACAGGAUAUGCCAGGACAGAGAUGAAUGCCUAGAGAUAACAAACCUGUGUAAAGAACAGAACCAGUGCCUCAACACACCAGGUGGAUUUCGCUGCUCUGGCAUGUCCGAGAGGGACGCGUUUGCUGGGAUGUGCGGACACUCUUAUUUUUACAAUUCAGAGACAGAGGAGUGUCAGGCCUGUUCAGAAUGUGAUUCUCAGCCAGUGGUCUCUCCAUGUUCAGCCAUGAGUGAUGCUGUGUGCACCAAACCCUCUGAAAGCAAACUCUCGCUGUCCUGGUCUGGUGACGUUGAUGUACCAAAGGGUAGUGAGUUCCCCAAUAUGCGACUUCAUAUCCAAGGCAAUAGUGACAAAAGUCUUCUUUCCUGCACAGAUGGUCAGAUAGUUCUACAUCAACACGGACUUGUUUGGGUUGACCAUAACCUUGCCUUAAAACAUGGCUGCCGCAGCUUUGUUCAAGCGUGUUUACGAAUGAAUGCCAGUGAAGAGGAGGGUUGGGACCUUAGUGGUGUACGAGUGGAGCAGCAGGAUGGUAAGUCACUCCAGAGUGCUAGCAUUAGUGGAGCAACUGCUGUGGAGCCAGGUCAUGUACUGUUUCUAUCCCUCAAGAGUGCCAGUGACCAAUGUAACCAAGACAGUGGAGUGCAUAUUCAGAGCAACCUUAUUUCACCUUUCAGCUUGUAUUGGUUGUCCCAUGACACCGGUGCGGUGGCUAUGACUGCUCAGGCUGUUGCUUCGGCGCACUACCACACCAACUAUCGACCUGCCUUCCGUACGUCAUCUAUUUCUGACCCCUACAUGGUCGGGCUAAACCUUGACAAUCGUGGGGUACACUUCAGGGAGAGUGGCACUGUGAAGUUUGUCCUUCAGCAGGCACUAUACUCCAUGGGUCAAGCUUGUGUUUCAGAGGGCUUCUACUUACUAGCAUAUGUGAGCCACAACGGGAGUAGUGCUGAGCUUACCCGCACAUUCAAGUCUGGUGUUCAUUACAGAGACACUUCCAUAUCUUUGUCAGCUGCCACCACUGUGGAUUCUGGAGAUAUGCUCACCUUCGAGAUCCUCGCACCUGCACAGUGCAAUGUACGCUACUUUGGUGAUGACUCUGGGAUUAGUAUGCUAAGUCUAGUGUGGAUCCCAUCAGCCGUGUCGACUGCCUUGUCAGCCUGUGUGUCUAGGAAAGGUCUCCCAACUGGCGCUGUGCGAAAUAAGGCCUUGUUCUUCCUCCAGACAACAUCAAAAGUGCCACAAGUGAGACUCUCUGGAACUGGUGAUCACAACCCUCACCGAAACUUCAUCUUCAGGGAAGCAGGAACAGCAAGUGUGUCCUUAGAUUUGCGGCUCAUCCACUCGUGCAGUCUAAUCAAACUCACCUUGCUUCAGCAGGGUGGGUCACAAUGGGCUCAAGCAGCCCCUAUAGCUCAACAGAUUGGUGGUCACAUGCCAGAGGGAAGUGUGUGGGCAAGUGUAGCACUGAGGGUGUCCUUUCAAGUGCACAAUGGCACUGCAAUAUUUGCAACAGUGGAUUGUGUGCGAGGACGCAUAAACCAAAUUGCCCAUGAUGCUGGAAGUAGCAUUUCUAUCCUCUGGACAGUUGCAUGAGCAUAGCACCACUUGGAGAGCAUGACAUUAAGCAAGCAUGUUUAAUGUCUUUUUGCAUUUAACCAAAGUAAUUUUGAUUAAUGUUCUAGUUUAGGCAUCAAAUAGUCAUUGGUUAGCUUUAAUUUCCAAAGCAUUUUCUCACCAUAAUACAGACGCAUCCUAACUUGAGGGUCCUAUCUUAUUUGUUAAGCAGCAAUUUAUGCAUGUUAAUUUCAGUUAUAAUAUAAUGUAAUAUUUUAUAUUUUUUUUAAAGUAUAUUUUUUAAAAUGUACUUGUUCAUUGAACUGUAUGGCCCUAAAUCAGCACUGCUGUGAUUACCUGCAGCACUCGGCCUCGGCCAGGGGCGAAAAUUUCAUAAAAAUGUUGGGGGGGACAAUAAACAAAACAAUUCUCAAGAGCAAUUUUUGAAGGGGACACCAAGGUGUUUUUUGUUGUUGCCCCGUUUGCAUUUGUAUUAUUUUAUUUCUUAUACAAUUAUUUUAAGAAUAUAUCAUUAUAUUAUUUACAAUACACAUAUUUGAAUGAUAUUUUAGGGGGGGACAACCCUCAGAUUGGGGGGGUCCUGACCGCCCCGACCCCCCCGCGAUUUCCGCCUAUGGCCUCGGCCUGUGGCAAUGCUGAUGUAAGGCCAUAUCGCACUCUUGCUCGUGUGAUAUUGCUUAUACACAACAGUUCAAUGUACAAGUACAUUUUAAAAAAUGAGUAUGUACGGUCAUAAAAAUGCAUUUGUUCUUACGCGGCGGAUCAGAAUCUGCCAUUGCUGGUUCAAAACAAAUGAUGUGUCCAAGCCUUCGUUAGUAAUUCUAAAACUUCACUUCAGAAGUAAUAUCAUGGCUUGUGCUGUUUCUAACAAGUUAUUGAAUAAACAAGGAUGUGAGUGUGUGUGUGUGUGUGUGUGUGUGUGUGUGUGUGUGUGUGUGUGUGUGUGUGUGUGUGUGUGUGUGUGUGUGUGUGUGUGUGUGUGUUUGAGAGAGAGAGACGGAGUGUGUGAUCACAUGUUGCCACUCACAAGCAGAGAUGCUGUCAGCUUUCUGGAGAUCAGCUUUCUCAGUGGAAAAAUAGCCUUUCAAGUGGGGGUAAUUCUCCCUAUUUCGUGGUAGCCGGUGCACAGGAGUCAAUCACUAUAGAAACCGCAAUGUCCUCCGCCAUUUUAAACAGCACCCAUUGUGUAAUUAAUCAAUCUGUUGUGUCUCUCAGCUGUGAUGAGCCGUAAUGCUGAAGUUGUUCGUUUAAAGCCAUUUAAAGCUAUUUUCUAGCUGUAGUCGUGUAGUAGUAGUAAUACGAAUGACAGAUUCAAUUUAUGUCACCAAAUGCUCACAUUACACACAAAAAUUAUCUUUUGCCACCACCUGCUGGCUAACAUAUGUAAUGUCAAAAAAUAAAUACAUCUAAGAGACACUUAUACAGUAACUUUUAACACAUAUGCUCUACUCUAACACUUUAGUUUAGAAUGGCACGAACACAAGCAGAGUGAUAUACACAGUGAAGCGUCUGAGUGCUGAUGAUGUCAGACCAUCAGUGCUCAUGGAACAUCUCUCGUCCAAUCAGAUUCGAGGACCGGAACUAACUGUUGAAUAUAAUAUAAUAGAAGUCGUGCUUAUAUACAACAGUUCAAUGAACAAGUACAUUUUAAAAAAAUAGGAAAAACAUGCUGUGUGAUCACGAGGAAGGAUUACAUCAAGAUGUAGAUUGGAAUGCAGAUGCGGAAUUUAUCAAAAUAAAACAGUCUACUCCUCUCUCGCUGUUGCUGGCAUGCCAGUGAUUACGCCUCCUCAUACCAAUGCUGGCACGCAUGCCAUAGGGUGCCAACCCCUGAGUUAGAGGAAUAAAUUACUAAUAGCUAACUGUAAAUAACACAUUUUAAAAAUGUCAUUGCUAAUCAAGAACUUCUGUUUUUGUUCUGUUUUACUGAAUGGACCUUUAAGACUUAAGAAAGGAAGUUUCUGUAAUACAACCGCGGGACUCAAAGUACCACCAAACAGGAGUGAAAGACAAGUUUGUUUCAAGCUUCAGAGUCAAUUCUUGGGUACAAAGCUUUAUGUUAUUGGUUGUUGUAUGGCUUGAAUUCAACAAGUUUAUUUCUAUGUGUAUUUUUUACUUGGAUUUUUUGCAAACCUUAAACAAGGCUACCGUACAUCUUUCUCUUGAAUUAAACGUAGUCGUACUGAAAUACUUGCUG